AUGGGAUAAGUACUUCUAGACCUUAGAAUUGGAUUUCACAAAUGCUAAAUCUGCUUAAUUUGUCUUAAACUUAAAGUUUCCACCUUGAUAUUGCAAAUCAAAUUAGUGUUGUUGUAAGGUUAAAUUAUUUUUCCCUUACACUUAGAUUAUGCAAAGGAAAAGGUAAUCAAAAUUGGGUUAAGAAUGUCUUUAAUGGUUUGGUAAGAAUACACUCACAUGUGCAUGUUGGGAAUACUGAAAUAGGAGAGGAAUGCAGUUUUUAUUCUUAAAGGAGCAAAAGGUGGGGAUGGAAAGAAUUUGGAUGGGUUUAUAAUAAAAGUAAUUGGACACGUUUCGGGAUGGUAAUUCUAUAAGGAGGAUGUUGAAUGA